AUGCACCUCAACCCCCCUCCAUUAAGGAUUUUCAUCAGGUUGACCAGGAUCUAUAGGCGACUGUCGGAGUGCGUCACCCUGAAGAAGGAACAGGCCUUGGCCUCCUCGAGCCUUAUUCAAUUCGCCUAUCAGCCUUCUUCAAUUCUCCUCUCAGCCUUCUUCAAUUCUCCUUUCAGCCUUAUUCAAUUCUCCUAUCAACCUUCUUCCAUUCUCCUAUCAGGUUUCUUCAAUUCUCCUAUCAGCCUUCUUCCAUUCCCCUAUCAGCCUUCUUCAAUUCUCCUCUCAGCCUUCAAUUCCCCUAUCAGCCUUCUUCAAUUCUCCUAUCAGCCUUGUUCAGUUCUCCUCUCAGCCUUCUUCAAUUCUCCUAUCAGCCUUAUUCAAUUCUCCUAUCAACCUUCUUCCGUUCUCCUAUCAGGUUUCUUCAAUUCUCCUAUCAGCCUUCUUCCAUUCUCCUAUCAGCCUUCUUCAAUUCUCCUCUCAGCCUUAUUCAAUUCCCCUAUCAGCCUUCUUCAAUUCUCCUAUCAGCCUUCUUCAGUUCUCCUCUCAGCCUUCUUCAAUUCUCCUCUCAGCCUUUUUCAAUUCUCCUCUCAGCCUUCUUCAAUUCUCCUAUCAACCUUCUUCCGUUCUCCUAUCAGGUUUCUUCAAUUCUCCUAUCAGCCUUCUUCCAUUCUCCUAUCAGCCUUCUUCAAUUCUCCUCUCAGCCUUAUUCAGUUCUCCUCUCAGCCUUCUUCAAUUCUCCUAUCAGCCUUCUUCAAUUCUCUUAUCAGCCUUACGAAUCGGCCCAACAGCACAUGUUAA